GAUAAAGAUGCUGAGGAAAGGGUGCCGAGAACAAACCACAGAAUUGCAUUAUUGUACUUGAAGUCUGAUAAUCGCAAUAGUUAUCUCCAAUACUAUAUUAAGCAGGCGUUCGACAGCUAUACCAUUAUCUCCUAUUAAAAAAGCAUUAUAGAAAACAAUUAAGAAACGCUUCUAAACCACCAACUUCAGGGGGGAAAGAACUGAAAGCGUAAUCUUGUCACAAAGUUUUUUUCCUUUCACUGUUUCACUGGGACAAGGCAAAACAAAAUAUUGCAGCAGCGCGAUUCACGAGGAACGAACAGGUGCUUUUGAUGGGGAAUUUGCCGCCACUUUAACAGGGUGACCUGUUCAUAUGAACACAUUGCUGGAGAACCAGAGAAGAUAUUGUCUCUGGUGUUCCUGUGGGAUAUGAAUGACAGCUUGAGAAUGUCACAUGAGAUCAUGAUGUUUUACCAAAUGAUGGAACAAGCCCAGAACACCAGCUGUGAAGCACCCACCCCCAUCUGCAAUAAGAGUGCAAAUGGAGACUCACUACAGCUGCCCACCUUCUCCACAGCAGCCAAAGUCAGAGUAAUCAUUACUUUCACUCUGUGUGCCAUGUCAGCUGUCUGUAACCUCGCUGUGCUGUGGGCCGCCAAUACCAACGGAAAGCGCAAGUCCCACGUUAGGAUAUUAAUAAUUAACUUGACUGUGGCAGACCUGCUGGUGACUUUCAUCGUCAUGCCUGUUGAUGCUGUCUGGAAUAUCACAGUUCAGUGGCAGGCAGGAGACAUCGCCUGUAGGCUGCUGAUGUUCAUGAAACUUGUUGCCAUGUACUCCUGUGCUUUUGUCACAGUGGUCAUUAGCUUGGACCGCCAGUCUGCUAUCCUCAACCCACUAGCCAUCAAUGAGGCCAAGAAGAGAAGCAAGAUCAUGUUGUCUGUGGCGUGGGGGAUGAGUGUGAUUCUGUCUGUUCCCCAGAUGCUGAUAUUCCACAGUGUGACCAUCACGGUUCCAGAGAAGUUUACCCAGUGCACUACACAUGGGAGCUUUGUCCAACACUGGCAGGAAACCCUGUACAACAUGUUCACCUUUGCUUGUCUUUUCCUGCUGCCGCUGAUCAUCAUGAUCUUCUGUUACACACGUAUCCUGGUAGAGAUAUCCAGCCGCAUGACCCACGGAAACAUGUCUUCUAAGGAGAUACAUCUCCGACGCUCUCACAACAACAUUCCAAAAGCACGGAUGAGGACUUUGAAGAUGAGCAUUGUUAUCGUGACUUCCUUCAUCGUCUGCUGGACCCCUUACUACCUGUUGGGACUGUGGUACUGGUUCUUCCCUGACGAUAUGGAUGAGACGGUCUCUCAUUCUUUGACUCAUAUGCUCUUUAUUUUUGGCCUCUUCAAUGCCUGUUUGGACCCAAUAACUUACGGCCUGUUCACCAUCCAUUUCCGCCAUGGCCUGAAGCGCUACUGUCGGAGCACAGCUACGUUCAGCCGUGAGUCAGAGAACAACACUACCCUGACCGGCUCUUUCAGGCGCUCCCCCUUCCGCCUGACACGGCUUACCCAGCAAGGCCAGACGUCCAUCACUGGCCAGAUGGCAGAGGAGGAACAGGUCAAGAAAACCUGCCGCUAUAGCAACUACCUCACAGUUCACAGCAGUGGAGAAGGUGACCCAGGUCCGGCCGGUAAGCACUAUAUGAGGGAUUAGAAUGCAUCCUAAUAACGAACAUUGCUUACCUUAAUCUUCAUACCUAAAUCUGCUGGCUCACAAUUAAUACUUUGAAAAACUCAUUGUUGUGCUGCAAGAAAUCAGAUUGGAUUAAUUUUCCCAUUCAGCCAGAUGGAGCUUACAGUGUAAAUCAUGGUUUCCCCAAUAGUUGUGCGUAUUUGGCUGGCAGGUGAUAUACACAGUGCAUUUAGAAAGUAUUCAGACCACUUGACUGUUUCAACAUUAUGUUACGCUAUGUAUUAAAUUAAACAUUUUCCUUAUCUACACACAAUACCCCAUAAUAACAAAGCGAAAACAGGUUAGACAUUUUUUGCAAAUGUAUAAAAAAUGUAAAACAGAAAUACCUUAUUUACAUAAGUAUUCAGACCUUUUGCUAUGAGACUCGAAAUUGAGCUCAGGUGCAUCCUGUUUCCAUUGAUCAUCCUUGAGAUGUUUCUACAACUUGAUUGGAGACCAGCUGUGGUAAAUUCAAUUGAUUGGACAUGACUUAGAAAGGCACACACCUGUCUAUUUAAGGUUUCACAGUUGACAGUGCAUGCCAGAGCAGAAACCAAGCCAUAAGGUCGAAGGAAUUCGAGGCCCAGUUCUGGGGAAGGGUACUGGAGAAUUUCUGCAGCAUUGAAGGUCGCCAAGAACACAUUGGCCUCCAUCAUUUUUAAAUGGAAGAAGUUUGAAUCCACCAAGCCACCCGGCCAAACUGAGCAAUCGGGGGAGAAGGGCCUUGGUCAGGGAGGUGACCAAGAACCCAAUGGUCACUCUGACAGAGCUCCAGAGUUCCUCUGUUGAGAUGGGAGAACCUUCCAGAUGGACAAGGGUCUCUGCAGCACUCCAAUCAUGCCUUUAUGGUAGAGUGGCCAGACGGACAUGACAGCCCGCUUGGAGUUGACCAAAAGGCACCUACCAUGAGAAACAAGAUUCUCUGGUCUGAUGAAACCAAGACGGAACACUUUGGCCUGAAUGCCAAGCGUCACGUUAUGAGGAAACCUGCCACCAUCCCUGAAGCAUGGGGUGAAAGCAUCAUGCUGUGGGGAUGUUUUUCAGGGACUGGGAGACUAGUCAGGAUUGAGGGCAAGAUGAAAGGAUCAAAGUACAGAGAGAUCCUUGAUGAAAACCUGCUCUAGAGCGCUCAGGACCUCAGACUGGGGCAAAGGUUCACCUUCCAACAGGACAACGAACCUAAGUACACAGCCAAGACAAUACAGAAGUGGCUUCGGGACAAGUCUCAAUGUCCUUGAGUGGCACAGCCAGAGCCUGGACUUGAACCCGAUCGAACAUCUCUGGAGAGACCUGAAAAUAGCUGUGCAGCAAUGCUCCCCAUCCAACCUGACAGAGCUUGAGAGGAUCUGCAGAGAAAAAUGGGAGAAACCCCCCAAAUACAGGUGUGCCAAGCUUGUAGCAUCAUACCCAAGAAGACUCGAGGCUGUAAUCGCUGCCAAAGGUGUUUCAAAGUACUGAAUAAUGGGUCUGAAUACUUAUGUAAAUAUAUUUUAUACAUUUGCCAACAUUUCUAAAAACCUUUUUUGCUUUGUCAUUAUGGGGUAUUGUGUGUAGAUUGAUGAGGAAAAAUAACAAUAUAAUAAAUGUUAGAAUAAGGCUGUAACGUAACAAAAUGUAGAAAAAGUCAAGGAGUCUUUCUGAAUACUUUCUGAAUGCACUGUAUAUAUUACAGUACCAGUCAAACGUUUGGACACCUAUUCAUUCAAGGGUUUUUCAUAAUUUUUACAAUUUUCUACAUUGUAGUGAAGACAUCAAAAUUAUGAAAUAAAACAUAUGAAAUCAUGUGGUAACCAAAAAAGUGUUAAACUUAUUUUUUAUUUUAGAUUCUUCAAAGUAGCCACCCUUUGCCUUGAUAACAGCUUUGCACACUCUUGGCAUUCUCUCAACCAGCUUCAUGAGGUAGUCACCUGGAAUGCUUUUCAAUUAAUAGGUGUGCCUUUUUAAAAGUAAAUGUGUGGAAUUUCUUUCCUCCUUCAUGCGUUUGAGCCAAUCAGUUGUGUUGUGACAAGGUAGGGGUGGUUUACAGAAGAUAGCCCUAUUUGGUUAUGGCAAGAACAGCUCAAAUAAGCAAAUAGAUAUUACAGUUCAUAAUUACUUUAAGACAUGAAGGUCAGUCAAUCCGGAACAUUUCAAGAACUUUGAAAGUUUCUUCAAGUGCAGUCGCAAAAACCAUCAAGCGCUAUGAUGAAACUGGCUCUCAUGAGGACCGCCACAGGAAAGGAAGACCCAGAGUUACCUCUGCUGCAGUGGAUAAUUUCAUUAGAGUUACCAGCCUCAGAAAUUGCAGCCCAAAUAAAUGCUUCAGAGUUCAAAUAACAGACACAUCUCAACAUCAACUGUUCAGAGGAGACUGCGUGAAUCAUGCCUUCAUGGUUUAAUUGCUGAAACCACUCCUAAAGGACACCAAUAAUAAGAAGAGACUUGCUUGGGCUAAGAAACAUGAGCAAUGGACAUUAAACCGGUCGAAAUUUGUCCUUUGGUCUGAUGAGUCCAAACAUUUUUGGUUCCAACCGCUGUGUCCCUGUGAGAUGCAGAGUAGGUGAACGGAUGAUCUCUGUAUGUGUGGUUCCCACCGUGAAGCAUGGAGGCGGAGGUGUGAUGGUGUGGGGUUUGCUGUCUGUGAUUUAUUUAGAAUUAAAGGCACACUUAACCAGCAUGGCUAACACAGUAUUCUGCAGCGAUACCCCAUCCCAUCUGGUUUCCGCUUAGUGGGACUAUCAUUUGUUUUUCAACAGAACAAUGACCCAAAACACACCUGCAUGCUGUGUAAGGGCUAUUUGACCAAGGAGAGUGAUGGAGUGCUGCAUUAGAUGACCUGGCCUCCACAAUCACCCGACCUCAACCCAAUUGAGAAGGUUUGGGAUGAGUUGGACUGCAGAGUUAAGGAAAAGCAGCCAACAAGUGCUCAGCAUAUGUGGGAACUCCUUCAAGACUGUUGAAAAAGCAUUCCAGGUGAAGCUGGUUGAGAGAAUGCCAAGAGUGUGCAAAGCUGUCAUCAAGGCAAAGGGUGUCUACUUUGAAGAAUCUAAAAUCUAAAAUAUAUUUUGAGUUUAACACUUUUUCGUUACUACAUGAUUCAAUAUCGGUUAUUUCAUCGUUUUGAUGUCUUCACUAUUAUUCUACAAUGUAGAAAAUAGUAAAAAUAAGAAAAACCCUUGAACAAGUAUGUGUGUCCAAAUAUUUGACUGGUACUGUAUAUAAACACUUUGUUUUAAAUAUAUUUUCCCAUAACCUUAUCACCCCUCCCCUAAUUGGAGUAAACUAUUGGACAACAACACUUAGUCUUCUACUUCCAGCUUUAACAUACUAUAUACACAUUUACUGUGAUGUUUCACAAACAUUUUGAACCUUUCUAUUCUUAUAGUUUCUAAAGAUUGUAAAUUAAAGAUAAAUAUUUUUGCUAAGAGUAUUAUUAUAAUAUUGAUCGACUAUGACUUUUCAAAUCAACCAGUAGUGCUAUUCUGCAAAUGUUGCACUUCUUCAACCAUUCCUGGACCUGCGACCAAAAACAAGCUCAGUAUGGACAGUAUCAAAACAAAUUAUCUUAUGAUUCUGUCUCUUCGCAGCAAAGUCUGCAGAGCUGGGAUGGUUGUAUCCCCCAUAUAUAAACUCAGCAAAAAAAUAACGUCCUCUCCCUGUCAGCUGUGUUUAUUUUCAGCAAACUUGACAUGUGUAAAUAUUUGUAUGAGCAUAAUAAGAUUCAACAACUGAUACAUAAAACAAGUUCCACGGACAUGUGAUUAACAGAAAUUGAAUAAUGUCAGUGAUGAGCAGGGACCCUUGGUAUCUUUCUUUUGGUGUUUUUCAGAGUCAGUAGAAAGGCCUCUUUAGUGUCCUAAGUUUUCAUAACUUUGACCUUAACCUAUUUUGGUCUUUAAUACAGGCCCAACAAACAAGUUUCUUAAUUUUCCCUCACACUUGCCUCUCAUUUUUGCAGUAAUGCUGCAAUUAGUUGGUUGUAAUUUUGGGUAGAGCAGACAUUUCCAUAUAUUUUUGUAAACUGCAUGUGUGACAACUCCACCAGUCCUAUUUAUGAUAUAAUUUACAAAGAUUAUACUUUUUUCCCCAAAAAAUAUAUAUAUUUUUGUAAUUAUUAUAUUUGAGUUUAACCACAAUAUUUGUUGUAUUAUUUAUUCUGUCUUUUCUGAAAUUAAACUGAAAUUGCAACCAACUUUCUAUGGCUGGUUUUAAAACUAGCUAUAUUUUGGAGCUUUUUUCAUUUUCAAAUAGCUGAAAGUGAGAGGUUGUAUUCUGAAUAAAGUAAAAGGCCAUUCAUGAACAUGGGGUGAGACAUUCUUACUAAUCUGCUAGAGAACCAGUUUGGAUUUAAAUUUAACUUUUGUAUGACUGACGCCUUUAGUGAGAGGGCUAAUGCUUUAAUAUUUAAUCAUUUCUGCCCUCUCAAUUGAUAUGAAUUAUAUACAUAGGCCCAUUUCAUUUUAUCUGGCAUGACGUUACAAAUAAAAUAUAAUUUUCUUUUGCUCAUAUAAUUUAAAAAAAACAGGUCGCUAGGUGUAGGCAAGGCCAUAAGCAAACAGGUAAACUGGGAUAUGACUAAAGAGUUAAUCAGGGUGAUUUUUCCACAAAUAGACAGGUAUUUUCGUUUCCAUGGUAGAAAAAUAAAUUUUUGCUAACUUUAUUAAACUAUUGUAAUAAAAUAAUUUCUUUCUUUCUGGAUAUGUAUACCGAGAAUGUCCACAUCACCGCCAGAACAUUUUAUUGGUAAACUAUAUGGUAAUGUAAAAGUUGUAUUUUUUGUCAUCCAAUACGUACUAUAUUACAUUUAUCAUGAUUUGGUUGUAAUCCAGAGAGGUUAGAAAAAGUCUCAAGAUCCUCUAUGAGGCUGUGAAGGGAUCCAAAUUGUGGAUUUAAAAGAAAACAUGAAUCAUCAGAAUACAAUGCCACCUUUAUGUUUAUGCCCUUGAUUUCUAACUCCUUGAUAUUAUUGUUGGAUCGGAUUUUAAUAGCUAACAUUCCGAUGGCCAUAAUAAAUAGAUAUGCCAAUAGUGGACCACCUUGUUUUACUCCUCUUAACAGUUUAAUACUUUCUGAGAAGUAGCCAUUAUUUUCUAUUUUACACCUAGGGUUACUCUACAUAACUUUAUUGUAUAAGAGAUUCUCCAAAAUCGAUAUAUUCCAGGCAUUAAUAUAUAAAUUCCUGUCAUACUUUAUCAAAAGCCUUUUCAAAGUCAGCUAUGAAUACCAGACCUGGUUUUCCAGAUUUUUCAUAGUAUUCUAUUGCUUCCAGUACUUGUCUUAUAUUAUCUCCAAUGUAUCGUCUGAAUAAUAUACAUUUUCUAGAAUUUUUGCACCACAACACUGAAGUUUAAGAGGCCUCCAAUUUUUUUUAAUGGACCGGAUCUUUAUAUUUACCACUUGGAUCAGUUUCAGUAAUAAUGUAAUCAGACCUUCUUGUUGAGUAUCUGAUAAUCUACCAAGUUUUGGUAUACCUCCACUGGUAUACCAUCCAACCCUAGAGUUGUCCUGGACUUAAUGUCUUUAACAUGAGUCUUUCUGUACAGCUGUUAAUGUUACAUUAUUCAUAGAAAAAAUCCAUACAAUUAUCUUCGGUGGAGAUGGAGGAGACUGAAACGGAAACAUAUGUUUAUGGUACUUUGCUUCCACUUUCAAAAUCUUGUUUGGUGAAUCAUAUGUGAUAUAAUCCAUACAGUUCACUUUAUUUUUAUAAUAUAUUACACUUGAUCUUUCUUGAAUAAGUACCUCCAUUUCUUUUUGUUUUUCCUCUACCUUCUUUUUUUUUUUUUUUUUUUUGGUGCCAGCGCGAAUGACAUAAGAAAGUAGUCAAGACGACUAGCUUGAUUGAGCCUCCGCCAUGUAUAUCUAACUAGGUCAGGAUAUUUAAGCCUUCAUAUAUUCACUAGUUCUAAUAUAUCCUUAAGCGUAUGAGGGUGAUAGUUUGUACUGUGAUUUCCUUUAGAGUAUUGUAUUGCUUGUAGGUUUGAUAAAUGAUUAUAUAUAUAUACAGUUGAGGUCGGAAGUUUACAUAAACUUAGGUUGGAGUCAUUAAAACUUGUUUUUCAACCACUCCACAAAUUUCUUGUUAACCAACUAUUGUUUUGGCAAGUUGGUUAGGACAUCUACUUUGUGCAUGACACAGGUAUUUUUUCCAACAAUUGUUUACAGACAGAGUAUUUCACUUGUAAUUCACUGUAUCACAAUUCCAGUGGGUUAGAUGUUUACAUACACUAAGUUGACUGUGCCUUUAAACAGUUUGGAAAAUUCCAGAAAAUUAUGUCAUGGCUUUAGAAGCUUCUGAUAGGCUAAUUGACAUAAUUUGAGUCAAUUGGAGAUGUACCUGUGGAUGUAUUUCAAGGCCUACCUUCAAACUCAGUGCCUCUUUGCUUGACAUCAUGUGAAAAUCAUAAAAUAAAUCAGCCAAGACCUCAGAAAAAAAAGUUGUAGACCUCCACAAGUCUGGUUCAUCCUUGGGAGCAAUUUCCAAACGCCUGAAGGUACCACAUUCAUCUGUACAAACAAUAGUAUGCAAGUAUAAACACCAUGGUACCACACAGCCGUCAUACCGCUCAGGAAGGAAACGUGUUCUGUCUCUUUGAGAUGAACAUACUUUUGUAUGAAAAGUGCAAAUCAUUCCAUGAACAACAGCAAAGGACCUUGUGAAGAUGCUGGAGAAAACAGGUACAAAAGUAUCUAUAUCCACAGUAAAAAAUAGUCCUCUAUCUACAUAACCUGAAAGGCUGCUCAGCAAGGAAGAAGCCACUGUUCCAAAACCGCCAUAAUAAAAGCCAUAAUAUGGUUUGCAACUGCACACGGGGACAAAGAUCGUACUUUUUGGAGAAAUGUCCUCUGGUCUGAUGAAACAAAAAUAGAACUGUUUGGUCAUAAUGACCAUCGUUAUGUUUGGAGGAAAAAAGGGGACGCUUGUAAGCCUAAGAACACCAUCCUAACCGUGAAGAAGGGGGGUGGCAGCAUCAUCUUGUGGGGGUGCUUUGCUGCAGGAGGGACGGGUUCACAAAAUAGAUGGCAUCAUGAGGACAGAAAAUUAUGUGGAUAUAUUGAAGCAACAUCUCAAGACAUCAGACAGGAAGUUAAAGCUUGGUUGCAAAUGGGUCUUCCAAAUGGACAAUGACCCCAAGCAUACUUCCAAAGUUGUGAAAAAUGGCGUAAGGACAACAAAGUCAAGGUAUUGAAGUGGCCAUCACAAAGCCCUGACCUCAAACCUAUAGAAAAUGUGUGGGCAGAACUGAAGAAGCGUGUGCGAGCAAGGAGGCCUACAAACCUGACUCAGUUACACCAGCUCUGUCAGGAGGAAUGGGACAAAAUUCACCCAAUUUAUUGUGGGAAGCUUGCGGAAGACUACCCGAAAUGUUUGACCCAACUUAAACAAUUUAAAGGCAAUGCUACCAAAUACUAAUUCAGUGUAUGUUAAUUUCUGACCCAAUGGGAAUGUGAUGAAAUAAAUAAAAGCUGAAAUAAAUCAUUCUCUCUAGUAUUAUUCUGACAUUUCACAUUCUUAAAAUUUAGUGGUGAUCCUAACUGACCUAAGACAGGGAAUGCUUACUUGGAUUAAAUGUCAGGAAUUGUGAAAAACUGAGUUUAAAUGUAUUUGGCUUAGGUGUAUGUAAACUUCUGACUUCAACUGUAUUUUCAAAGAAGCAUGGAUCAUUAUUUGGAAUGUAUAUAUUAAUGAGCCCCCUCCCCCUUUUAAUUAUUUUCUUUGUUUGACAUAAUUGACUGAUUUUAAUGUAGGAAAUCUGUUCCCAAGUAGUAGAGAGGCGUAUGUGAUCAUAUCCCACUGAAAUCAAAGUUUAAAAUUCCCAAUGUAUUCAAGGUUUGAAAAAGUUCCGUUUUUGUCAAAUACUAUAUCUGUUUGCGAUUAUUGCGGUCAAUUUCUAGUGUACAAAUGAUUUAGAACUAUGUGCCGGCCCCCCAACCAACCCGCUCAAGGAAAAAUCGACACACACGGCUGAAUGUAAUUGGUGAACCCUGGUAUAAACCCUUGAAGACGCUUAUCUGUAUAUUACUUCAAACAAUAGUACUCCCGUGGAGUUGUCUUUUGACUUGUCCAGGAAACAUGUUUUUUCAUUUAAUAGAGGCAAAAUAACCAAGCAUACCACGAAAAACUAUUUUCCAUGGAUAUAUCCAAUUCGUCAAGAUGUACCGAGGAGGAAGGCUUUAAAUUCAUUCCUCUUGGUUCAAGUUAAGUUAAUCUUGCAGGUAGACAUUACAUAUAGACAUGGAACAUCAUAAAUGUAAAUGGAUGCAAAUUCAGCUCGAGGACAUCUAGAUGCUCAAUGUGUGGACUCCAUGGGUGGCUUCAUUAUAGUUUUCAUUGUGCAAUGUGAAGAACAGCUUUAUGUGAAUUCAAAAAGAUUGCCAUUUUCCUCUAUGAUCAGAUGAAUUUUGUGGUCCAGUAUAUAUUGUAUUCCACCCUAAUAGCCUUUAUAAUUGAAGUGGUUGGGCAUAGUGAAGUGUGAUUGUACCUUACAAUAUGUAUAGUCUUGGUUGGUUCUUUGGGGAUGUGUUAUUUAUGGAAGUUAUGUCCAGUGCCACAGCGAAAUCACUGCAUAGUGAAGACGACCAAACUGUAAAAUGUGAUUGGUUGGUUUAUUUGUUUUUUCAUUUGAAAAAAGAGUAUAUUAUGUUGUUGUGUAAUAAAUUGAUGGUCACAUUCAGUAGAUGUUACAGUAGAAGACAAACAGAUACUUUAAUGUUGAAUUUACUGGUACCGGAAAAUGUUGCAGAAAACCCCAGAAGACAAUUUGUUUACUAAUAUUCAGUUGUAUGCUUUUUCUCUUAAGUGUUUGCUUGUGUUCAAAGAUAAAAUAAGUUAAGGGGAAAGCAAUGUGUGUGCAUGACUGCAAUAUUUGUUAAGUUAAAAGCAAGAUGUGUAUGUUUGUGACUUGUACAUUAUUUGAAUAAAGUUGUGUUAAUUGUA